UCUUAUAUAAGCUGCGAACAAAUUCUAAAUUUUACACCUUCAUUUGGCAACCUGAAGUUGAGACACGACACCGUGGAGAAAACAUGGCAAAACUUGUCUUACUCGUAUUGGCAUGCGUGCUGAAUCUGUGCUUGGUCUUUGGAGAUGUACUACCAAGGAAUGCUUUGAAAACGAUGAAAGAUUUGAAGUCACCUGAAGAAUUGGUACAACAGGCGUCAAAAUUCCAAAGGGAAGAGAGAAUUACCCUGUCAAAGAAGUCCGGCUUCUGCUCAGUGAGUCCAGGUGUGCACCAUUGCAAGGAGAAGAAGACCAGCCCCAAGUGCGCUGAAGUUUUUUGCCCUUUCAAGCCUUCUUAUGCGAUAUUUAAAUGGUGUUGGAUUGGUAUCUGCCUUGAAUUCAAUCUUAAGGUCUAUCAGGGCAUCUUUAAACAGUACGCAGUCCAUAACAAAUGCAGAUACUUACAUGAAAGCUGCAAAACUGGGACAUUGUGUUCUAAAGUUUGCACUCACGUAGAAAAAAAGAAAAACAAAAAACUAUGGAUGGUUGUGCAAAACAACCCAACCAAACUUGCGUAUUUGAACGUCAAAGUUAAGGUUGUUGAUUCUUGCAAAUGCAAGAAUCUGUAA